AUGCCUCUCAAAAUCCUCAUCUCUGGGGCCGGCGUGGCUGGUCCCGCCCUAUCCGCCUUCUUGCUCCGCGCCAACCCGUCUCACAGCAUCACAAUCGUCGAGCGCUCUCUGGCGCUGCGCAAGGGAGGCCAGCAGAUCGACUUGCGUGGACAAGGAAUACCCGUAAUGCGCAAGCUGGGGCUUUUGGAUAAGGUCAAAGAACGAGCGGUAGCCGAAGAUGGUAUUGCUUUCGUGGAUGCCUCAUCUGGCAGGCAAUGGGCAAUCUUCGGCAGAAAUGAUUCUGGUCAAGGCCGACAGGCCUUCAGCAGCGAGUAUGAAAUCAUGCGACGCGAUCUCGUUGACGUGCUGUACGGCGCCAGUCUGGACGAAGGACGUCGAGGGCGGAGCCGGGAUCGAGGUCAGGGUGGCCUCAAGUACAAGUUCGGAACCUACGCUACUGGCAUUCGCCAAUUUGAAAGUGGCGCCCAAGUCAGCUUCUGCGAUGGCAGUACUGAGGACUUUGACUUGGUAGUCGGUGCUGACGGGCAGUCGUCGAAGACACGGCGGCUCGUGUUUGGCCAGGAGGCGAGCGACGCGGCUUUCAAAUCACUUGGGGUGAACUUCGCUUACUUCAGGAUCCCUCGGGAACAGAGUGACAACGCAACGGCGCAAGCGAGCUUUUCGUCCAAAAAGCGAUUCAUGGCUAUUCGAACGGGUGACAGACCGGUAGCUCAGGGCUAUCUUGGGGUCAAGGCCGAUAUCCCUGAGUUGACAAACUCAACAACUCAAAGCGCGUCAACCCAGAAAGAUUUAUGGGCACAGAUUUUCGAAGGAGCAGGAUGGAAAUCGGAGCGUUUGAUACGGGACAUGUUGGCGACGGAUGACUUUUAUGCUCACAAGCUGGGCCAGGUCAAGAUGGAUACCUGGUCCAAAGGGCGCGUUGUGUUGUUGGGGGACGCAGGAUACUGCCCAAGCCCAAUGACCGGUAUGGGAACCGCGUGUGGUAUGGUUGGAGCUUACGUUCUCGCCGGCGAAAUUUCAAGAUUUGGACAUGGCAGCAAUAUCAAAGCUGCUCUUGAGUCGUACGAAAAGGUGAUGCGGCCAUUCAUUGUCGAAGCUCAGAAGCUGCCGGCCAUUGGUCCAGGACCAUUGUAUAUCGAAACGGAAUGGGGCAUUUGGUUUGCUAACCGGGUUUUUGGUGUUAUGUCUGCUCUGCAAAUCGACCGUUUGCUGAAUAGAAUCAUGCCGGAGGAUAAAGGUGGAUGGAUAGUUCCUGAAUACCCGGAGCUCAACGGAAACACAUAA